CCCGAGGGAGGGAGGGGAGGGGAGAGGGGAGGGGGCGGCCAGCCUGCGCCUGCCAGCCGCAACCAUGGCCGAGUCGCUGCCGCAGACCCCGAGCAGGCACGAGAAGAGCCUGGGGCUGCUCACCACCAAGUUCGUGUCUCUGCUGCAGGAGGCCAAGGACGGCGUGCUCGACCUGAAAGUGGCAGCAGACACGUUGGCCGUGCGGCAGAAGCGUCGUAUUUAUGAUAUUACCAAUGUUUUGGAGGGGAUCGGAUUGAUCGAGAAGAAAUCGAAGAACAGCAUUCAGUGGAAAGGAGUGGGCCCGGGCUGCAACACACGGGAGAUCGCGGACAAGCUCAUCGACCUGAAGGCGGAGAUAGAGGACCUCGAUCGGCGGGAGCAGGAGCUGGACCAGCAACGAGUCUGGGUACAGCAAAGCAUUCAAAACGUGACGGAUGACAUAGAGAACAGCAGGUUGGCGUAUGUGACGCAUGAAGAUAUGUGCCGAUGUUUCAAAGGUGAUACGCUGCUAGCAAUCCAGGCACCCUCGGGCACACAGCUGGAAGUCCCCAUCCCUGAGGGGGUCCCCAACGGGGUGAAGAAGUACCAGAUACACCUGAAGAGUAUGACGGGUCCCAUCAACGUACUGCUGGUAAACAAGGAUACGUCCUCCUCCUGCCCGGUGGUAGUUCCUGUGCCUCCACCUGAAGACCUCAUUCAGUGCUCUCCCACAGUGCACACCACCCCACAGAAGCCUGUCCUCGCCAGCAGCCAGGAGGCCGUUACCAGGUCUCCAGCCCGGCCCGUCUCUCCGUCCACAGCCCCUCGGGUGCCUCCCCAUCCGCCCACAUCGGUAACGCCCACAGUGCCCAGUGUGUCAGCUCAAGAGCCCCAAAACAGUACCAGCGGUGUCUUAAGCCUCGAGCCCCUCAAUCUACUUCCAACGUCUGCCUGUCAAGCGACCACGAUGGAUACGCAGCCUCUGGAAUCUUCCGCCUCGUUGGACAGCAGCACGUCCUUGUCCAAUCCCACUACCUCCUUCGUUCCAAUCAAAUCUGAAACUUCAGUGGAAUUGGAGUUUCCAAAAGAAUUAACAGAGAUGUUUGACCCCACUAAAGAAUGUAUGCAUUCUGACCUCAUAGAUGAGCUGAUGUCUUCAGAAGUUUUUGCUCCUCUGUUGAGGCUGUCACCACCUCCGGGAGACCACGACUAUUACUUCAACCUCGAUGACAGUGAAGGCGUCUGCGACCUCUUUGACGUGCCCAUUCUUAACCUUUGACCAUCUUCUGGACUUGGUCGCCCGGCAGCUGUAUAAAAAAACUUUUUUAAAACAUCUUUUUAACAAAACAAAAAAAAGGAAAAAAGAUUUUUUUUAAGAAAAAGGAAAUAGCAUUUUUUGCAGUUCCACAUGGAUCUCCAGUUUGAAAUGGAUCUCCAAGAGUGAGUGAACGCUUGAUGUGAUUGCACCAGAAUGCAGUGAAGAGAUAAUGAAAAGGGCAAGUUGUCGAUGAAUGUUGCCAGAAUGUUUGGCGGUUUCGAUUUUGUUUUUUUGUUUGUUUUUUGUUUUUGUUUUUUGCUCGCCUAUGAAGAGGAUGCUGGGACCCUCCUUUAGUCCAGGGCCAGUCGUAUCUGCAGCUCUGGUGCUGCUUCAGGAAGUGGAUGCAUGGGGUUGUGCAAGACACCAACGUGGUGCCAAGUGAUGGAGGUCGCCAAUGGAGGAAUGUGUUCAAGACUUAAGUUCUCCCUCCUCUACUCUAUGGAUGGUGCCACUGUCAGUUUUAAUCCGUCUCCUUCUAUUAGCCAUUCAUCAUGUGACAUCUCCAAGGGGAACAGUCAAUUUUCAAGACAGUGGGAGGUAUUUAUAAAACAGUCAGUCUUCGAUGUUAUGAGGGUCUUAAUCCUACAGAUUUCCACAUUUGUUGUGAAACAGGGGCAGCUCUGCUUGAAAGAUGACAGCGUCCCAAAGUCUCAACAUUUUCUGCUGUUUCUUUGUCUUGCCCAGUGUUGACAGUGCCCAAUGUGGUCUGGGACAGGUGGGGGUGGGGGCUUCAAUUCGUCAAACACACCAGUCAAGAAAAUAUAAUCAUGCUGGUCUUGCUUGAGUGGGUUAUACAAAACUGUAAUGGACCUCUAAAUGGGGGGGGGAGCAAUUUGAAAAGUUGUGACUAUUCGUUCUACCUUUGCUGUCCUCGGAUGGUGGACUGAGAGACUGCGUGCAAUGUUGGGAGGGUGGGUGAGUAGACAGCCCAACUUUACGACACUUACAGAAACAACUUGAUUCAAAGAUGUGGACGUUGUGUCCCAGCUGGCCCAGAGGAUCUUGCACUGGUCUCUCGGAUGCAAUGUGCUUAAUACUUUGGGGUUGAUUGUUGCAUUAAGGCACUCGUUCUUUUCGAUGCUUGUUGGAGGGGGUUCUUGGAAGUCCACCCCUUCGCACAAAAGAACAAUUCUUCCCCCAACGAGCUUUCCAAAAUGGAACUGUGCCAAUGGCAAUUUUUUUUUAAAAUAUUCACUCCAAGUAUUUUGACUUGAUGGAUGUCUCAUCUGAAUGAGGCACUACCAUUAUUUGCAUAUCCUGCACAAAGUAGCCCAAAGGGGCUAAACCCUAUAAACUGAUGGUCUUUCUUGCCGACGUCCAUUUCCAAAUUGUAGGGAUCAGUUGGGUGAGAGAAGGAGUGUCAUUACUGUGAAUUGUCACCAAGGCUAAAAUGGCACCUCUCAGAGAAAUAUCCUACAUUACACAUAAAGGGCCAAUUUUGCAGUUGCCAAUGUCCAAGCUUAAAUCUUUUGUUUUGAAAAGAUAAAAUAUAUCUUUUAACUUUAAUCCAUUGAUGGAUUGGUCUCGUGGAGACUUCAGAUGGUGAUAAUCCUUGGAGAUUUGUAUGCACAGAUCAGGAGUGUUGCUUUUUAUAAAAGUGGAGGUGGACUGAGAGGGUGAGUGCAGUGGUGGGUGGGUGGGUGAGCAGCCCAAUGGUAUGACACUUAUGGAAGCAACUCCAUAGAGAAAGGAAAGAUUGCAGUUACUUUGGGGGGGGGGGGGGGUGUUUGCAUCCCUAAUCUUGCAUUGAGUCAUUCACAUAAAUUGGCUGCAUCUCACUGCCCUGCCCAAUUUUGAUUGCAGACCCUAGUGGUGUGAGUACGAUCGUGUUCAUUCUUUAUAUGUUUAUACCUGUUUUUCCACAUCCCAAAAUGGGGUUUAGCUCAGGAGUGGAUUAAGCUAUGGUGCCAUUGGCCUGGCCUCAAACAUUGCACUUCUGUGCCUCUGCUUCAAGGGAAGCAAACUACCGAGACCAGGGAUUAGUUUGGGCAUGAAGGUAGACAUAGUGCUGGAGUCACUCAGCGACUCAUGCAGCAUCUCUGGAGGAAAAGGAUGGAUGAUGUUUCGGGUUGGAACCCUUCUUUAGACUGAAAGGAAAGGGGAGGGAACUGGAGGUAGGAAAAGGUCAGAACAAAGCAGGGCAGGCACCAGAUGACCAAGGAAAGGUGGAGCCCAUACUCUGUUUCUUUCCUAUGUAUUAAAGUUGCGUUGGUGGGUUAAUUGGCUGCAGCAAAUUGCUCCGAGCACGUAGAAUCUGGGGACUGUGGGAAGGUGGAGAGAAAAACAUUUGUAUUAAUAGGAUUUAAUUAAUUGAAAAGAUUAGCACGUGGGUGGUUGAAUGGAUAGCAUGGACUCAGUGGAUUAAAGGGCCUGUUCCUGUACUUUAUCCAUGUGAUUCUAUCAUAUAUCUCUCUUGUACCUUCCCAGUCAGUACUCUCCAUUUUAGCAACACCACCCAUGAUCACUGCCUCAUUCUUCUCUUCACCUUUACUGUUUCAACCUUGUAUUGCUAAUUGCCUCCUGCUCCGGUUCAGCAAUUCCUUACUGUAGUGCAAAUUAAUCAAUAAUUCCAUUCUCCCUCAGUUUGUCACUCUGAUUUAUGUAGGAAGGAACUGCAGAUGCUGGUUUAAACUGAAGAUAGACACAAAAUGUUGGAGUCUCAGUGGGACAGGCAGCAUCUCUGGAGAGAAGGAAUGGGUGACGUCUCAGGUCGAGUCUGAAGAAGGGUCUCAACCCGAAACGUCACGCAUUCCUUCUUUCAAGAGAUGCUGCCUGUCCCGCUGAGUUACUCUAGCAUUUUGUGUCACUCUGAUUUGUUCCUUUAACUUUCCAAAUCUUUCUGCUCUCUUCCCUCUUGGGUAAUGGCCUAUUUAUUUCUAAAUGUGGCCUUUAUUCCAAACAUUCAGCACCUGCAUCUAACCUGAAAGUCCAGCCUCUUCUUUUAUGCCUGGCUCCUCAGAACACGGAAACCAGCAUCUACCGUGCCUGACUAUAUAAUGUUGUACGUCUCAAUGAGACCACUUUUGAUUCAUCUGAACUCUGCCUAAUAUCUCCUCUGCAGUGUUGCCCUCUUCCUAGGAAUCAGAGUCUUUGUUGCACUGCCCCCUUUGCAAGCACAUCCUCCUGAGGAAGAGAGGCCAGAACUCUAUACUACAUUCCAGGGGUAGUUGGAGUAAGAAUGUGCAAGUACCUUGCAGUGAAUAAAUGCCUAUUACUGUUUUUAGAUUCUAGUUCUUCCUACUUGGAUUUUAUUCAAAUGUUCUUUUAAAAAAAGACUUGUAUUUUUAAAAAGUCUUGCAAGAUAACUGUUACAGAGGUCGGACUGCCGGGUUCUGACUCGAAUCAAUACAAUUAACAUGCCCUGAGGCUUUCAGCAACGCCUUUGAUGUCUGCCUGCCAGAGAUGCUCGAAUUCUUUGAGUAAACUCUUAUUUUAAAAAUGUCUUAUGUCCACACCUACAUAAUUGGUACUCUUGUUUCAGAAUAGUUAUGUAUCAACACCUCAUUUUCCCCCAUUCAUCUUCCUUUGUGGAAAGAAACCAAACAGGCUAACUGUUUCAAUUAUAUUAAUACAAGUUUUAAAAAUAAACUCAUCAUUUGCCUAUAGUCUGACAUCUUGUUGAGAGGUUACAAAGUUUCAAGGAAGAUUAUUCAAUAAACAGCUGGAUUGCACUUGUCAGAGAAAUCGCAAAGUAAAGAUGCCUCAUUUGUAGUGACAUGUACUCAGUUUGGUCCACAAUUCAGGGACCUGUAUUGGACUCCUUGUGUUUGAAUAUUAUUACUUUAUUGCUGUAUGUUUGCAUGCAUUGUCACAGACCUGCCUCUAUUGCAAUGAAAAAUGUCCCAGUAAACCUUGCGUAUAUGUUUACCUGUAUGAAAAUAUUCGACUGAAUGCACGGUAUCGAAUGAUAUUUCUUCUGAAACUGAAGUAGGAAAGUGUCUCUCACUUAUUGGCUAAAUGGCAAUAAGAGGACUGUUUUGUUAUUUCGCCUUCACCCCCCCCCCCCCCCCCCCCCCCCCCAAAAUCAUUCCCAGUGUUGCCCGCUGCCCACAUCAUACACUUUAAUCUACUGCCAGACUGCAACUUCAUACAGACUCUCCCCCUCUUUGCUGAAUGCAGACAGAUUGUUUUAAUGCUUUGCACCGGUUGGAGUUCGGUGGACAGAGCUGAAUGCUAUGACGGGAUGUAAGAUAACAUUUGUUUUUGUUCUCAAAAUAAAACCUAUUUUUGUACUUUUUUGUGUGGGGGGAAAUAUUUGAAAAUCACAAUAUGCCAGUUUUGGACAAUUUACACAAUGCCUUUUGUAAACUGAAAUUCAUCUCAACAUAGCACUUUAGAGAAAUCAGAUGUUUAUAUUGUAUCAUAUGACAACAGAUGGUCAUUCCAUUGUAGGCUGGCUUUGCAAAGGAAGAAUUUCUAUAUUAUUUUUCUUCUUGUGUUUUAAUAGUGUCUAAAUUAGUUGGGGAAAGUGACUUCAUGAUUGAAAAUUUGCAAUUUUAUUGUUACGUUUUUGCAAACAUUGUGUUCCUCAGCUUAUUUGAAUUGUAAUUUUGUUUUAACUCAUUUGUUUUUAUGAGCUUUUUUAAAAUUGGUUGAACAUUGUACUUUGUUUAAUUGUUUUAUACCAGACAGCAAAUGCACAUGUACCCUCGCCAGUGUGUCUCCCAUCACCGCUCUUGUUCUAUCUGGUAUUUUAACUGCAGUGAAUUUGGGAAUUGUACAGUACUUUAAUAAAACUUUUUUUCCAGA